GAUCUUGGUGUUCUUUGUGAAUUCAUUUGUUCUUCCUCUCUUAUUCCCCCAAUAGCUUUUGUAGCUUUGUUGGAAUUUGAGAGAGAAGGACUUGAGCAUCUUUGUGGUGUUCUUGCCAUUGCAUUUGGUGCAUCGGUUUGAGUUCUCCACGGUGAUUCGUGGAGGUGAAAGCAAGAAGGUUGUUACUCUUGGGUUCUUGGAACCCUAGACGGAUUCUAGGCCUUUGUGGCAUCUUAGUGGUGUUCUUGGGGACUCCAAUUAAGUUGUGGAGAAUCUUCAAGGGCAAGGCCUUUGUGGCAUCUUAGUGGUGUUCUUGGGGACUCCAAUUAAGUUGUGGAGAAUCUUCAAGGGCAAGGCCUUUGUGGCAUCUUAGUGGUGUUCUUGGGGACUCCAAUUAAGUUGUGGAGAAUCUUCAAGGGCAAGGCCUUUGUGGCAAUUUAUUGGGAGCCUCCAAUUAAGUUGUGGAGAUAGCCCCAAGCUUUGUGCGGGUUCGGUGACCUUCCUAAGGUCCCAUAGUGGAUCGAGGACAUCCCUUUUGGUGGGAAUUCUCGAGGAGAAUACGGUGGCCCUCGUGCAUUUGGAGUGACUUGUCCUCCACACCGCUCCAACGGAGAGUAACACUCGCAAGAGUGUGAACUUCGGGCUACAUCGUUGUCUCCGCGUCACUUCGGACUGGACAUCAAUGCUACACAACGAGGGGCUUGCUAAACCAAUAGGUAUCAAGGUCAAGUAGAAGGCUGUCAGGAAGAUCAAGAAGACCCGUUGGUGGUUUCGAGAAAGCAAUGAAAAAGGAAGAAAAAAAGCACAUAUGCUACAGCACCACAACAUCCUCAAAGCACCUCAGCGGCUCCAGGCCAAGCUACCAGCUCUCACCGUCACCGCCCUGCGUACGAGCGCUCCCCACAGUCGAAACCUAGAGAUACGCAUCUGCACGAACCGCAUUUGCACGAGGCAGAGUGGGCGGGAGGUGCUCGCAACGCUGGGGGACCUCGCGCCGCCCCCGCCGCACGUCGAAGUGGCCUCCUGCGGGUGCCUUGGCCACUGCGGCGCGGGUCCCAACGUUGCCGCCUCCGUUCCCGUCCGCGGCACAGCCGCGCGCACCGCGCGGAUCUUGGAGCACCUCCUUGGCGCGGCCGAGUUCGACGCGGGCUCGGGGAUUGCCGCGCUCGUGGUGCGGGAGAAGGCGGAGGCCGCCCUAGUGGAGGGGAACGCCGCCGAGGCUGAAGCCCUCUCCACCGAGAAUAUUGGACUGGAUGCUCCAGGUCAGGUGGAUUGCAUCUGGUGCACGGGAGCAGAUCUGAUUGAAGCAACCGCAGGGUCCCAUAUGGGCUUACGAUUUGGGGCGUAUGAAUAUCGUGGUGUUCCUGCUAAGAUAGUGUUCAACAUGGUCCUCGCGUCAACGCCACCAGUGAUGCGAUCAUGAACCACAGAGGGACACAUAUGCUCAGUUGCCAGAUCUCAUAGGUCUGCUGGAGCCUGAUGCUGCACGCGCCAUGAAGGGCCUAUACCAGGAGGAGGCGGGCGACAACUUGUCCGUUUUAUACGUGCGCCUAGCUGGACCAGGUUAUACAUGCUUAUUUGGUUGACCUUCUUCUCCCAGGAACUUUACUUUAAGAUUUGAAUUUUGUUUGCCAUGACAAGUUCGUCCAUUAAUGGAUUAGAUAUAUUUCGGUUGCUUGUUUCCAUUUGCAAAUAACGUCGGAAAUUAACACACAAUUCUCUCUACCAGACAUGGGAAUGUCGGUUUGUAACAUUUCAGCUCACAAAGCACUUCAGUAGUUCACUUACCUCCUUUCCUGCACUACUCACCUCAUGUCGUUUGACAGGCACAUGAACGUGCUACUAUUGUUAAUGGUUGGGGUGGAAUCAUUUUAUUUCAGAUUGAGAUGUGCCUCGUGUUCUUCACCUUAUUUUGUCAGGGGUUCAUAUGGCACAGGACAUAUGCACAUAAAUCAUAUAGGUGUAGAAAAUGGCGUUGUCUCAUCUUGGCAUGUACUCUCAUUCCCCAUGAAGCUAUGGUAAUUGGAACUUCCUGUUUCUUAUCAUAGCAAUGGUGCUACACUAAAGCAUAUUUUUUGACAAUAUGUGGGAUAUUUGCUGAAUAAGGUAGCGCCCAAUCAGAAUUGUUGGUUUCUCUCAUGUGACUAGUGCAUCUAGAACCUAACCUAUUGAAGAUGGUGACUGUACGGUUGCACGAAUGAGAAUUGUACCAACCGGAAUGCUAGCCCUAGGUAUUAUGUUUACAUGCUAAAUGGUUUUCUGUUUGUUGUUUAUGAUUUGUCCUUUUGAUCUAUAGCUCAUCUGUUUAAGGUACAAGCUUGCUAUUUAAGGCGAUCGACGAGUGUUUGAUAUGGUUUGAUCUGUUGAUAUUGAAAAAGGACUUAAUUGGAAACCAGCUGAUGUGCUCUUGAACGUGUUCUUGGUCAGCAAUGUUAUCAUUCGUCUUGAUAAUGUGAAGCUGGCCAGAAGGAGUUAUGUGGUUGAGGUUCCUCCCUCACACUUUUCCUUUCGCCGGGAGAACAUAGACUUCCAAGUUGUUCUAUUCAGGAGUGUCAGUUUAUUCAGACUUUCUAUCGGAGGGGUAUUUUUCGAGUGCUCCCCUAUCAUACCAUUAUGUGUCUGCUAUAGCAUUUGGUGCUUCCACGGUGGAUCAUGCUACCGGCAUUGGAAGCAUGGUUCUUGCAUCUCCUCGAGAGCAUGGUACUGGUUGCGUUUUCUUAUUGGUAUAUGUAGUUUCCAUCUUGGAUGUGUGGUUUCACGUGAAGUGUUCAGUGUCUUCGGUUCGCUUGUUUUAAUGUAGAGGCAGUCGCUCAUAUUGAUCCUGAAACUUCACACAUGGUUCCUUUCACGGGUGAGUUAGCACUCAGGAAGCCUGCAUCUCAAGAGCAUGUUGCUGAGCCAGCAGAAGGAUUCAUGCCUGCUAAGGAUAUGUUGGUGAGCUCCUUAAAAUUUGAUUCAAAAAUCACCAUGGUGAUAUUUGAUUCUGUGGAAGUGAAUAUCUCUGUUUUGUCAAA